CGGCGGCAGGGAGGCGGAGCUCCCAACGUCUUUCAGGCUGCCAGACAGAAGAAGCGACGUGGGGCAGAACUUCUCCGACGACGGCCGAAACAUAAACAGCACCAGCUGUCCGAUACCGAAGCUUCUCGCCGCGUCUCGGUAGUCGGUCGUGGGAAAGAAAAAAAAUGUCCACGGUAAACUGGAAGCCUUUCGUUUUCGGCGGGCUUGCUUCUGUGACGGCGGAAUGCGGUACUUUUCCCAUCGACCUGGCCAAGACGCGUCUGCAGGUCCAGGGCCAGGUGGGGGACAUCAAGUACCGUGAGAUCCGCUACAGAGGCAUGCUCCACGCUCUCAUGAGGAUAGGAAGAGAGGAGGGGCUCCGAGCGCUUUACUCAGGCAUUGCUCCCGCCAUGCUACGUCAGGCCUCCUAUGGGACCAUUAAAAUUGGCACAUACCAGAGUUUUAAGAGGCUGUUUGUUGACAGACCAGAAGAUGAGACCUUGUUGACUAAUGUGCUGUGCGGCAUUCUGUCUGGAGUCAUUUCCUCCUCCAUUGCAAACCCCACUGAUGUGUUGAAGAUCCGGAUGCAAGCUCAGGGGAAUGUGAUUCAGGGCAGCAUGAUGGGAAACUUCAUCAAUAUCUACCAGGAGGAGGGCACAAGAGGAUUGUGGAAGGGUGUUUCUCUAACGGCUCAGAGAGCCGCCAUCGUGGUCGGGGUUGAGCUCCCCGUCUACGAUAUCACCAAGAAGCACCUGAUCCUGUCUGGCUACAUGGGGGACACCGUUUACACACACUUCCUGUCCAGCUUCGUGUGUGGCCUUGCUGGAGCUUUGGCCUCGAAUCCAGUAGAUGUGGUCCGGACGCGCAUGAUGAACCAGAGGGGCGGGGCUCUCUAUCAAGGAACUCUGGACUGCCUGCUGCAGACAUGGCGGUCAGAGGGGUUCAUGGCGCUCUACAAGGGUUUCUUUCCAAACUGGCUGCGCCUGGGACCAUGGAACAUCAUCUUCUUCCUCACUUAUGAGCAGCUGAAAAAGCUCAACGUGUGACUGAAUGUAAAUGAGAAGAAGAAAAGAGCUUUCACUCGGAGGCGAGGGGGACCAAAAUCAGGAAUGUCUGGAAUUAUGGUGGAUCCUUGAGGAAAAAGCAGCAGGGAAGCCGAGAGGAGUACGCAGAAGGAAUCCGAUCCCUGCGCCGCUCCAGGCUCUGCGUCUGCUAAAAAGCCUGCAGGAAAUGUGAAAAGGACUGUUACACGAAUAAUCCCAUGGCUUCUCGCUCUCAUCCGGAUGCCACUUUAAGGCGUCACACCGCCACGUUUCUGCUCAGACUCAAACCAACUGCUUUAUAAACUGUGAAAUUGUUCAAUUCUGGAAAGAGACUGCAAUAUUUUGCAUUUCAUUCUGAGGCUGCUGCUCGUGAAACGCCUCUAUUAAUGAAGGUGAAGGGGGAAAAUGCAUGCAGCCUGUUUUUAUUUAAAGCUUAUUCACUCAAAGUGCUCUGUAAAAUGUGUGCCUUAAAGCCCUUUGUGUUCCAGGCUGUGAAAACUUGAGCAGCAUGUGGACUCCGACUGUUGGACAGCCGCUGUGACAAUCGGCAUCAUUCCCCUUUUGAAAAAAAAAAUGUUUGAUAUAAUGGAUUUUAUAUCUAUAUUCCCAAAAAGGAGAUCUUGUGUACGGAAAGUUUUGAGUUACUUGGCUUCCGUUGUGUGUAUACAGUGUAAAGAGCCGCGAAUAGAAGCUGGUGAAUCAUCAGUUCUAUACGGGCCUCAUCACGUGCAUGAGCAGUAAAUAUAUUUAUAUCCUCUAGCUGCCUGGUGAUGCCUCAGUUACCUUUCAGCUGUCGCCUCAACUCAUCACGUACGCAGACGAUAAUGUAAACUUGUAUACAUUUCACAAACAUCAUGGUUGGCUUGACAGGAACGAGUCGGGCAUCUCCUAUUACUGCGUCACUAAAGCAACCGUUCAGUGCUGUUAUUCUUUUGUACUGUAUUUGCUCGCUUUUAGCUUUCAUUGGAAAGAAAUCGAGUACAUUGAAGUUGCUUCUGCCAAAAUGUAUGCCAGUGUCAUUUUGUAAUACUACCUAUGUUUAUUUAAACACAGCUGCAGACUUGUUUAUUUCCAAAUAAAGAGUGACUUAAAAUA